CGAGGAUGGGGCCGCCCAUUGGGGGCGGCCCAGCGGCUUCUGCGGAUCGACACGAUCGUGCGGGUGGACCGCGCCUUCACGCUGGCGGAGUUGCUGCAGGAGCCGGCGCAGCCGCGCGUGCAGAGGCCCAACCUGUCGAUGGACGUGCGGUGCGUGGCGGACGAGGACGUGCAGUUCGGCGAGCUCCUCAAGCUCCUGCGCGACGAGGAGAACGCGCGGCUCCCCACGGUGGUUUACGUGUGGAAGCGCUUCACCGCAGACCAGUGGGCCAAACGCCUUCGUCAGCUCGUGCGCGGCGGGGUCCGGUCCUACCACGGCAGCAUGCUGCCCGAGGACAGGCGGCAAACGCAGGACGC